CUACUAUCAUGUUUUUCUUUGUGUUUAUAAUUUAUCCCGAAAGAUAAUGCAAGCGCAGUGAGGCAUGCACGAAAAAUUACACGCGCAAUGAGUGCAGCUAAAAUGCAGCUUCUUGCAAAAUCAUAAAUAAUUAAUGAGUCCUCCCUUUUUGAAUUCGGCAUAAUUUGUUAAAAAAUGGUAUUUGGUUGAGACUUUAAUUUACAUUUGCUUUUCCAAGAUUUAAUUAUUACGUCAUACUUUCUUAACAUCAACACACCGUAAAGAAUAUUUAAGCCGACACGUCGAUACAACAUUCGUAACAGAUCGUAAAAGAACGUGAAAGAAGUUAAAAUUACACAUUACCGCAAAAUUUUUGGUAUCAUGAAUAUUUAAAAUCUCGUUAACAACGAGUUUAUAACUUACGAGGGAGCGCUUUUAUAUCCGUAUUAUCGUUACAGCGAUCCCCGACAGGAACUAUACACGAUGUAUCGUUUUAAUACGACGUAACACGAAGAAAGUUUUGAUUUAAUUCGAUAAACAUGCGGCUUCUAGCCUGCUUCUUACAAUUUUUGUUGUGUUGUUGCAAUUUCUCGGACGCGUAUCGCUAUGUCGUGACGACGUACACAGGUGAUCGCUUCGGUGCCGGCACCGAUGCUAGAGUGUUUUUUAAAUUGUUCGGAUCGAAUGGAAAAACGGACGAAAAAGAAUUAAAAUCAUCCGGAAGAGAUAAUUUUGAACGUGGACAGAUUGACACAUUUCUUUUGGAUGGAAAGGACGUUGGAAGAAUUAAAAAAGCCGAAAUAAGACAUGACAAUAGUUGGCUAGGUCCAGGCUGGUACCUGGAAAAGUUGACAGCAACAAGUGAAGAUGGCGAUUACUACGAAUUUCCAGUCCAUAAAUGGCUUGAUAAACAUCAAGACGAUGGUAAAACGAUAAGGGAGCUAGUACCAAAGUUGAUACAAAAAGAGCAAAUCUCCAAGAAGGAUGAGAUCUUAAAUGAGGAACCACGACAACCAUUGGGUAACUAAUAACUAAUUUGAGUUUUUGCGAUUCAAUUUUUUUUGGCGAUACCAUAUUUCAUUUUACACCUUCUCCAUAGUUAUCCUCAUAUAUUCUUAGAA